AUGGUGAAGAUUGCAUUUGGUAGCAUUGGUGACUCUUUUUCAUUUCCGUCGCUAAAGGCUUAUCUUGCUGAGUUCAUUGCCACCCUCCUCUUUGUCUUUGCUGGUGUUGGUUCUGCUAUAGCUUACAAUAAGCUCACGUCCGAUGCAGCUCUCGACCCACCCGGUUUGGUGGCAGUUGCGUUGGCUCACGCAUUUGCAUUGUUCGUGGGCGUUUCCAUGGCAGCCAACGUAUCCGGUGGUCAUCUGAAUCCCGCCGUCACAUUCGGAUUGGCCAUUGGAGGCAACAUCACUAUCAUAACUGGCCUUUUCUAUUGGAUUGCCCAAUUGCUAGGUUCCACUGUUGCAGGCCUUCUCCUCAAAUUCGUCACUAAUGGCUUGAUUGCAUUUGGUAGCAUUGGUGACUCUUUUUCAGUUCCGUCGCUAAAGGCUUAUCUUGCUGAGUUCAUUGCCACCCUCCUCUUUGUCUUUGCUGGUGUUGGUUCUGCUAUAGCUUACAAUAAGCUCACGUUCGAUGCAGCUCUCAACCCACCCGGUUUGGUGGCAGUAGCGUUGGCUCACGCAUUUGCAUUGUUCGUGGGCGUUUCCAUGGCAGCCAACGUAUCCGGUGGUCAUCUGAAUCCCGCCGUCACACUCGGAUUGGCCAUUGGAGGCAACAUCACUAUCAUAACUGGCCUUUUCUAUUGGAUUGCCCAAUUGCUAGGUUCCACUGUUGCAUGCCUUCUCCUCAAAUUCGCCACUAAUGGCAUGGCUAUUCCCACUCAUGGAGUUGCUUCUGGCAUGAAUGCUGUGGAGGGUGUUGUAAUGGAGAUUGUCAUCACUUUUGCUUUAGUCUACACAGUCUAUGCCACUGCUGCAGACCCCAAAAAGGGCUCAUUGGGCAUAAUUGCACCCAUUGCAAUUGGGUUCAUUGUUGGUGCAAACAUUUUAGCUGUUGGACCAUUUAGUGGUGGAUCGAUGAACCCGGCCCGAUCAUUUGGGCCGGUUGUUGCUGCUGGAGACUUUUCUCAGAACUGGAUCUAUUGGGUCGGCCCACUUAUUGGGGGAGGAUUGGCUGGCCUGCCCAUAGACAUCUACGCCGCCGCCACCACCUCGUACCCCAACGCACACCACCACCUCACACCACCUCGUACCACACCGCCAUCAACACAGCCCACCCUAUAUAGAUGCACCGCUGCCACCACCAACAAAGUCCCACAAAGCAACAACACACCAGCGCCACCAAUACCAUUAAAUCGUCGCCACCACCACGGGAGCUUUGCAGAUCGCUGCAAGGAGGAAGUCGUCGCAGCAGCUACGCAACAGAUCUCUAGCGUGUUCGCUGCAAAGAGAAGGCGGGCAGAUCGCUGUCGACGCCGGUAUGCGAUCUCGAUGGCGACGGUCUCGGAGGCUAUGGUGGUGACGGUCGUCGCGAAUUAG